UUAUUAAAUAACAGGAACCUAAAAAUAUAAUUGAAUUAACAAAUAUGUUUAAUGGAGUAUUUUCAGAAAAAAUAAUAAAGCAAGAGAAAACCGAUGUACCACAAGAAUUAAAGUCAUCUUCAGAAUCUUGUGUGAACUUUAAUGUAAAAUUAGAGAAUACUGAUAAUAAUUCUGUUGAAGAUUUACCCGAAAACGUUGAGAUAAAAUCGGAGUCUUUAACUGACGAUACUAAUCAUCUAGAGCCCUUAAAUAUAUCACCUAAAGAAUUAAAUAAUAUAAGUAAAGAAUUAUCCAAAGACUGUCCAUUCGAAAAUGAAACUACUGUUUAUAAGUGCCCAAUGUGCAACAAGGUCUUCAAGAAAUUACAAGAACACAGGGAGCACAAAAAAACCCACUACAUCGAAAAACGAACGUGUAAAAUCUGCAAAAGAGUAAUGCAAAAUUACGGCAAACUGCAGGAACACAUGAACAAACACUUGGGCUUGAAACCCUUCUCGUGCGACGAAUGCGACAAAUCCUUCAUAUCCGUACACUACCUGAAGUUGCACAAGAAAUGCCACAAUCCCGAUGCGACUUUCAAGUGCCCCCUUUGCCCUAAAUCCUUCAGAACCACCAGCUCGCUGCGGUGUCACCAAAACGUCCACGCCGAGAAAGUGGAAGAUUACCGAUGCAAGGUUUGCAGUGAGCAAUGCAACGAUGCCGCUACGUACAAAACGCAUAUAUUAGAACACGGAAAAAAGGCCGAGAUUCAAUGUAGCUUAUGCAAGAAAGCUUUCUACACCGAUAGAGGAUUGGAAGCCCAUCUGAGCAGGCACCGAGAGCUCAAUUUCCCUUGCGAAUAUUGCGGUAAAAUAUACCCCACCAUGUACAAAAUCAACCGGCAUAUUAAACGUGCUCAUGUUGCGAAUAAAUGCGAAGAAUGCGAUGAGAUUUUUUACGACAGAAGUCUGUACACGAAACACAAGAAACAGCACUCCGUGGAGAAGCCUCAGGAAUGCCAAUACUGCCAAAAGGUGUUCGAGAAAGCCAAAAACCUAAGCGAACACAUUCGACUGCAGCACAAACAGGACAAAGAGGCGCAAAAGUGCCACGUGUGCGGCAAAGAAUUCAUUAACGGCGCUUUGUUGAAGAACCACGUCAAAACGCACGAUAAAAACUUCCAGUGCACCCAUUGUGAUCGAGUCUUUUCCUCGAGGUCUAACUUGGAGGUGCACUUCGUCACCCAUUCGGGCGCUAAGAAGUACAAAUGCGACCUUUGCGGUAAACAUUUAUGUUCGAAAGUCAGCCUGAAAAAUCACAUGGCCUCGCACUCGGACGAGAGACAGUACAAAUGCGACGUGUGCGAGAAAACGUUCAAGACCAACCGGAGAUUGUAUGUUCACAAAAUGUGCCACGCCACCGAGGAGAAGUACCAAUGCGAGAUUUGCCUGCAAAAAUUCAGGGUGAAGCAGUAUUUGAAGUUCCACAUGAACAAGCACUCGAAAGUGAAGCCGUUCGAGUGCGACGUGUGCAGGAAGAAAUUCAAGCAUAAGAAAUCGAGGGACAAGCACGUCAGAUCGGGCAAACAUAAAUUGGUGACUGACGAUGAGCACGAUUGCGAUUUUUGCGACGAAACGUUCGCCAGCAGGAAAAUGUUGCUCGAGCAUUUCGAAGGGGUACAUCACAAGGAGAACGUUAUUAAUAGUUUAGACGAUUGUCGAGAUGAGGAUGCCGUAAUGGAAGAAGUACCUGUUUAAUAAAGAGGUUUAGUAACGAUCCAAUUCCAACGUAGAAUGUGCAAAGUCAAUAACAUUUUAAUGUUGCAAUUAGUUUAUACGGAAAUCGAGAUUUUGAUUGGCGAUAGCUUUAAUUAGAUGAGAAUCUUCCGUUUUAAAGAAGUCUUAAAUUACGAUCAGUAUUAAACAUUUUUCAUGUUAGAAUAAGGUUGUGUUGAAGUUUUAAAUAAAUGUUUCUUUUUUGUUGAAAUUUACCAGGCAAUUUUGAAGUGAAAAUUCGAAGUUUCAACGUUC